AUGGACGAGCAGGCUGGCAGCGCGGGCAGCAGCCCUCAGCACGGCCGUGGAUCAGCCAGGCAGGACGUUCUCCGCUGCGGCUGGCUCCGGAAGCAAGGAGGCUUCGUGAAGACCUGGCACACGCGCUGGUUCGUCCUGCGAGGAGACCAGCUGUACUACUACAAAGAUGAGGACGAGACCAAAGCUUUGGGCACCAUUUUCCUACCUGGCAACAGAGUCACCGAACAUCCCAGCAGUGGGGAGGAAGGUGGAAAGUUCUUUUUUGAAGUCAUCCCAGGGGGCGACAGGGAGCGAAUGACAUCCAACCAUGAGACUUAUCUACUUAUGGCCAGCACACAGAAUGACAUGGAGGACUGGGUGAAGAGCAUCCGCAGGGUGAUAUGGGCUCCGUUUGGAGGAGGAAUCUUCGGUCAGAAGUUGGAAGAGACUGUUCGAUAUGAACGUCGUUAUGGCAAUAAGAUGGCGCCAAUGCUGGUGGAGCAGUGCGUGGACUUCAUCCGUCAUUGGGGUCUGCGAGAAGAAGGGCUCUUCCGUCUGCCUGGACAAGCCAACCUCGUCAAAGAGCUUCAGGAUGCUUUCGACUGUGGAGAGAAGCCGUCUUUUGAUUGUAACACAGACGUUCACACCGUAGCAUCAUUGUUGAAGCUGUACUUGAGAGAGCUGCCUGAGCCGGUCAUCCCGUUCUGUAAAUACGAAGAGUUUCUGGCCUGCACCAAACUCCUCAGCAAAGACCAGGAUGCAGGAAUGAAGGAAUUAAGAAGACAAGUGGAAGGUCUACCUCCGGUAAACUACAACCUGCUUAAAUACAUAUGCAAGUUUUUGGAUGAAGUUCAGUCCUACUCAGGUGUGAAUAAAAUGAGUGUACAGAAUCUGGCUACAGUCUUUGGGCCAAAUAUUCUAAGGCCAAAGGUUGAGGACCCAGUGACUAUAAUGGAAGGCACAGUACUGGUCCAGCAAUUGAUGGCUGUUCUGAUUGGCUGCCAUGAUGUUCUUUUCCCACCCGAUGAGGAUCAUACUAGCACUCUGGAACUGGUUAAUAAUAACAAUAAUGAGACACCGAAACGGCCUACGAAUGGUCAGAUUCAAAACAAAGAGAACAAUAACACCAGUGGGGUGCGACAGUGCACUUGGGACGCGCCAGAAUCCCCCAGCCGGGUUCCUCUGGACAAUGGCUCUCCUCGUUCAGGCAGCCCACGUAAUGGUUUUACUGGACAGCGAUUCGAGGUGGCCCGCAGUCCGCCGCUCUCCGUGAAAAAGAACCCGGCGUUUAGCAAAGGGAGCGGGAUUGUCACCAAUGGGUCGUUCAGUUCCUCCUCAUCGUCUUCAGGUGACGCCAAUCAGGAGAAAAGUCUAACUCUACCCAACAUGGGAACCCUUCAUGCACGUCGGACAGGUGCAAUUAAAGGCUCAGGCACCAAAAUGGGCGUCCAGAAUGGCGUCGCUCGGAUGGGCGUAUCCAGCGCGGAUGUGACAAAUGGGACUCUAAAUGGACGGAAUGGACUCUGGGUGCCCAACGGUCAUGUCACGAUGCGCGAGGCUAAAAGUAGAGACACCGAGCACCAGCAGAACCGCCUGUCCACGUACGACAACGUCCACAACGUCCACAUCCAUCAGCAGCAAACGACACAGCCCAGUCUGAGCAGCAGCUGUGAGGACAAACAGAGCGUGGAUAGCGCCACAUGGUCCACCUCGUCUUGCGAGAUCUCUCUACCAGAAAACUCCACUUCUUGCCGCUCUUCCACAACCACGUGCCCAGAGCAGGAUUUCUUUGGCAGCAACUUUGAAGAUCCUUUGUUGGACGGGCCGGUGCAGGAGGACAACGUACUGGCGGUGGAUGAUAGAGAGCAGCAGACCAGUAAUGGAGGAGGCCGGGGGAGCAGGGGAACCAGCAGCAGCGAUAACAGUGAAACGUUUGCCGUCGCAAAUGGACCGACCAAUCACAGUGCACUGCACAGCCUGGUGGCCAGUCUCAAACAGGAAAUGCUCAAGCAGAAGAACGAAUAUGAGACCAGGAUCAAGAGUCUGGAACUUCGGAAUGUAGAGUUGGAGACGGUGAUGGCUAAUCUACACGAAGAGCUUGACCAGGAGAAAAAGAAAUACACCAUGGUGGAGAUCAAGCUGAGAAACGCAGAGCGAGCCAAGGACGAUGCGGAAAAGAGAAACGAGAUGUUGCAGAAAGAGAUGGAGCAGUUCUUUUCCACCUUCGGAGACCUGACCGCAGACCCGCGACGGCCCGACAGAGCCAACACCAUCUGGAUCCAGUGAGCCGUUAACUUCCUACCAUUAACAUUACAAUGUGUGAGCUUGUGUUCAGACAGAACGGGACUAAAUCAACCUUCACGGCAUCUUUGCACAUUUGGUGCAAAGGUUUGACACGGCUGAGUGAAGCCCAUUGAGCCAAAUUUUCAGAACUGAGCGUGGACCUGUUGGAUUCAUUAAGAGGGAUGAUGGGACGAUGCAGCUCGGAUGUUAAAAUGAAAGAUGCUUUUCAAACCAAAAGAAGGCAAUUCUGACCUGAGAGCGAAUGAUAAGAGGAGCUCUUGACGGUUGUGGUUGAAUGUGAGGGAAGGAAUCGAUUACAUGAAUGAACACUGAGUUUUAGAUGAUGGGAAACUCCUGAAGGACGACAGAAGCACGAAUGUCACUCUUAUUUCUUCUUGUGAUCCAACCAAAUGUGUCCUUGAGCUGUCGUGUGUCCUCUCGUGUAUAUAAAGGAGAAACAAUGUUAAAAAUUCCACAGUGAAAAACCAAUGUCUGUAUAAAUGCAAAUUAAUGUUUAAUGUACGUACUGAUAUUUAAACGGAGAAUUCUCAAUGUGUGUUACGUAUACAUUUUAUAUCAAGGCUUUUCCUUGCACUUAAAGCAUAUGAGUUGCUAUGUUGUUUUUCAGUAUGGUACGUUGUGAGAUGUGGCAAGUAUUUUAAUAUCAGUCUUCCCUGUUGCUUUUUUGCGUAAUUUAUCACUGCAAUAUGACCAAAACCAAGUAGACGUGUAAAUACUUGUGAAAACACUGCAAACGCUCGGCCUGUCCUUGUCUUUUGUGCCUGUCGCACAUCAUUUGCUUGCAGCGGUGCUAGACGGGAGGAAGUGUGUUAAAAUGAAGAGCGAGAUGGGGUUUGUUCAUCUCUCGGACCAUGUGGGGUCAUCGCCUUGUCGCAGCUGUCUAUGCUUCUACUGUAGCUUGAUGCAUUCGGUGAAAUGCAAUGAAAUUAAAUUAUGUGAGCUCAUUUAUACUCGUCUUAAA